AUGGCAACCUCUAUCGACCACCACCGCCAGUUUAAUUACCUUGACCAUGUUACCGAACGGUUAAAUCGCCGCUCUGUCUCCCCGGUCCGGUCCAACCAUUUUCAACCCACCUUAGAUGUAACCAAACCGACGACGUUUGACGACUCUCUUUCCGAUGAAGAUGAUGAGACGGAACUCAUCGACUACACAGAAGCAAUCAAAAAAGGCAAGAUGGAAACCGAACCGCCUAUUCACGAUUCUCGUGACCAAGGAACCGCCGAUAAUUGGAUCCAACGUAACCCAACCAUGAUCCGUUUAACAGGCAAGCACCCUUUCAAUUCCGAACCAUCCUUACCCCGUUUAAUGCAUCACGGCUUCAUAACUCCAUCUCAACUCCACUACGUCCGUAACCACGGACCCGUUCCCAAAAUAACCUGGGACGAUUGGACCGUCGAAAUAACCGGUCUCGUCUCCAAACCCACUAUGUUCACCAUGAAUCAGCUGGUGAACGACUUCACAAGCGUAGAGUUCCCGGUGACACUCGUCUGCGCCGGAAACCGCCGAAAGGAACAGAACAUGGUGAAGAAAACCAUCGGAUUUAACUGGGGAGCUGCCGGGGUUUCUAAUUCGGUCUGGCGUGGGGUUCCCCUUAGACAAGUUCUUAAACGUUGUGGGAUAUUAAGCCGGAAUAAGGGCGCCCUCAACGUCUGCUUCGAAGGGGAGGAGGAUCUUCCGGGCGGUGGCGGCGCCGCCGCCGGAGUAACCAAAUACGGUACGAGUUUGAAGAAAGAGGUGGCGAUGGAUCCGUCUAGAGAUAUAAUAUUGGCGUACAUGCAAAACGGGGAGUUGCUUUCGCCGGACCAUGGUUACCCAAUUCGGAUGAUAAUACCGGGUUUUAUUGGGGGUAGAAUGGUAAAAUGGUUAAAGAGAAUCAUCGUUACUACUAAGGAAUCGGACAAUUAUUAUCACUACAGAGAUAAUCGGGUUUUACCCUCCCAUGUGGACGCCGAGCUAGCCAACUCGGAAGCAUGGUGGUAUAAGCCGGAGUAUAUUAUCAAUGAGCUUAAUACUAAUUCUGUUAUAACCACGCCUUGUCAUGAAGAGGUGAUACCAAUCAACUCGUGGACCACUCAGAAGCCUUAUACCAUGAAGGGAUAUGCAUACUCUGGAGGCGGAAAAAAAGUAAAUCGCGUGGAGGUGACAAUGGAUGGAGGAGAAACGUGGAAAAUUUGUGACAUAGAGCGCCCGGAAAUAGGUAACAAGUAUGGAAGAUAUUGGUGUUGGUGCUUCUGGUCACUCGAGAUAGAGCUUGUUGAGCUUCUUGUUACGAAGGAAAUUGCAGUUAGGGCAUGGGACGAGUCGCUCAAUACACAACCCGAGAAACUUAUUUGGAACCUCAUGGGCAUGAUGAACAACUGCUGGUUCAGGGUGAAGACCAACAUAUGCCGGCCACAGAAGGGCGAAAUUGGCAUAACUUUUGAACACCCAACCCUGCCCGCUAACCAACCUGGUGGGUGGAUGGAGCGUGAGCGACACCUAGAGCUCUCAUCAACCGAACCCAACUCCGCCCUUAAAAAGAGCAUAUCUUCUCCCUUCAUGAACACAACCGCCAAAUCCUUCACAAUGUCGGAGGUGAAUAGGCAUGCUUCCGAAGACUCGGCAUGGAUCGUGGUUCACGGCCACGUCUAUGACUGCACCAAGUUCCUCAAGGAUCACCCUGGAGGAGCCGACAGCAUCCUCAUCAAUGCAGGCACGGACUGCACUGAAGAAUUCGACGACAUCCACUCGGAUAAAGCGAAGAAGAUGUUGGAGGAUUAUAGAAUUGGAGAGCUCAUCACAACCGGCUACAACUCAUCUGACUCCUCCACCUCCUCUCCCAACACCUCCGUCCACAAUGGCUCCAACCAACUUGCUCCAAUCAAUGAGGUCUCCCCGCUCCGUAGCCUCGCUCUAUCAAACCCUAGGGAAAAGAUCCAAUGCAAACUCGUCGAGAAGACUUCAAUUUCCCAUGACGUCCGCGUUUUCAAAUUCGCCUUACAGUCGGAUGAUCAGUAUCUUGGGCUCCCGGUUGGGAAACACAUAUUUGUGUGCAGUCGUAUCGAGGAAAAACUAUGCAUGCGAGCCUACACCCCAUCUAGCCAUGUUGACGUGGUUGGCUACUUUGAACUCGUGGUCAAGAUAUAUUUCAAGGAUGCUAAUCCAAAGUUUCCAAGCGGAGGGUUAAUGUCGCAGCAUUUGGAUUCCCUCAUGAUCGGAGCCGUUGUAGAUUUCAAAGGCCCAACCGGGCAUAUUGAGUACGUUGGAAAAGGGAGUUUCAUUGUUCAUGGUAAACCUAAAUUCGCUAGGAAACUUUCAAUGAUAGCGGGUGGGACAGGAAUUACUCCAAUGUAUCAGAUCAUUCAGGCUAUACUAAAGGACCCCGAGGACCGGACCGAGAUGCACUUGAUAUAUGCUAACCGAACCGAGGAUGACAUACUAUUGUGGGACGAGCUAGAAGGUUACGCCGAGAAGCACUCGGAUCAGUUCAAGGUUUGGUAUGUGAUUCAGGACUCGGUUAGGGAAGGGUGGAAACAUAGUGUGGGGUUCAUCUCGGAGACUAUCGUGAGGGACCACAUCCCGGGGCCAUCCGAAGAUACCUUGGCGCUGACGUGUGGACCGCCCCCGAUGAUACAGUUCGCGGUUCAGCCUAAUCUAGAGAAGAUGGGAUAUGAUGUUAAGGAGUCUUUGUUGGUGUUUUAGAUCGUUGUUGUUGUAGUUUAUCUAAUAAUAUAUAAAUCGUUAUUAUAGGAUCGUGACAAUAUUGAUGAAAAUCUAUAUUCAUCAUGCUAGCUACACUGGUGUAUGAGAGUACCUAAAGAGGUUGUAAAUGUACCAUACCUCAAUGUAUUUCUUUUUUUAAAACUAUCUAGUGGAAUUUCCAUAUUU